AAAAGCUCAAGUCAACUCACGCCCCGUAAGCGACGGAUCCAUCCAUCCCUUUUUUUUUCUCUCUCUCUCUCUUUUUUGUCAAGCAAAUCUCAACUUCCCAGCCCCAACCCAACCCCCUGUCCAAUCCAAUAAAAAUAAAUAAAAAAAAAUAAAUAUUCGCCAACGCCCGCGCGCGAUCGCUGGAGUCGUACUGGAUCGUUACAGGCCCCGGGGGGGAAACGUCGGAGUAAUAUCAAUAUGGACGGGGAUACAAGAGAGUGCUGGGAUCACGAUUUCACGAUGGUGUGGGGUUUGGGGAAGGGGAAGGGGAAGUUUCCCAAGGGUUGUUUCGAAAGAAUCAGACAGGAAUCGCAGAUUGUAUCUAGCGAUUCGAUUGGAGUUUAUCUUUCCGUGCCUGCAUGGGCUGCUGGGAAUGAAGGGGAGAAUGAGGUGGGGGGGGAGAGAGAGAGACAAGAGAGAGAGGGAGACAGACAGACAGACAAGACACCUUGCAAGUUUUCGCGACGGCCGUUGGAAACCUGGGGCGAACUAAGGACGAAACCCGUUUCCGGCUGGGUUUCUUCUAAUAACCGUUUGAUUACUUGUUGGGAUCCAUCCCUUUUUUGUUUUAGUUUUCUAGCCUGUUCUGUUGGCUUGGUUUCUGCUUCGGAUGCUAGCGCUAGGAUCUGGAGGCGAAAAUCGUUUGAAUUCGUUUCAAAUCGUUCAGUGGUUCAAGAAAGUUCAAGAAAGUAAAUCUGUAACUAAUCUGACCAGAUCAGAUCCGAUCAGGAUAUUCAGGCGAGAGUUUUCCUUGCCUUCCCUUCCCUUCAAUGGCCAGUUCCCAAGUUAGAUUGGUCUGCCUGCUAAUAAACCAUUUAUUUUAGCCUGGGAAAUUUCUUUUUCUGCAUACCUACCAUUACAUUUACGC